AUGAGCUCGCCUUCUUCUGAGGCUUUGUCUCAAUGUCAUGAUGCCAUUAUGCUCUCAGCGAUGACGUUUCCCGAGCAAUUCAGGGUCAAACCAGAACGUUCUACUAUACCCGGGACUGCUUCCUCCUCAUCAUCUUCUUCUUUUCCGACUCUAUUACAAUGUACUUUGGCUGGUGCCAUUGGCGGAGUGGUAGGAGAUACCUCUAUGCAUUCACUAGACACUGUUAAGACUAGACAGCAAGCUGCUCCUCAUAUCGCCAAGUACAGAAACACUCUGAAUGCUUAUCUCACCAUAUUGAAGGAGGAGGGCUUUGCCAGAGGUCUCUAUAGCGGUUAUAGUGCGGCCAUGAUGGGAUCUUUACCAAGUUCUGCCGUAUUUUUCUUUGCCUAUGAGUCUGUCAAGCGUGUGGCAAUAGAAGAUUUUGGUUUCAAUGAUACCGCUAGUUAUUUGGGUGCUGGUUUCGUAGGAGAUUUGGUGUCCUCCGUGUUUUACGUUCCUUCUGAGGUGCUGAAGACUAGACUUCAGCUUCAAGGACGCUACAACAACCCUUACUAUAACUCCGGUUACAACUACCGCGGUCUCUUUGAUGCUGCAAACACUAUAGUUCGAACAGAGGGCUGGAAAACCCUCUUCUUUGGCUAUAGGGCCACCCUAUUUCGAGAUCUACCCUUUUCCGCUCUUCAAUUUACAUUUUACGAGAACUUUCGUAACUGGGCAUUUACUCUUUCGGCUCGAAAGAAGAACGAUGAUCCUCUUCCUACCAGUUUAGAGAUGCUUACCGGUGCUGCUGCUGGUGGUCUAUCUGGUAUUCUUACUACUCCUUGUGAUGUGGUAAAGACAAGAAUGCAGACACAGAACGUUUCCUCUGGCAACGUGCUAUUGAAGUCGAACUCUCUCAUUAAAAACCUUCUCACCAUCUACAAAAGUCAGGGAGUGGCUGGCUUGUUCAACGGUGUAGGGCCUAGGUUUGUCUGGACCAGUGCCCAAAGCUCUAUCAUGCUGCUAUUGUACCAGCUAUGCCUUCGUACGCUUUCAUCGGAUGACAUCACAUUCGAGUGA